AGUCGAGAUAAGCAAGCAGAAAUUCAAAAAUUGCAUCGUCAGUCGGCCAUAUUUACGUCAUUCGUACUUUGUUUCCUUGCUCGAAGUGAUGUUAAAUCGCGCGCAAAAUUCGGGUCGUAAUAUCGAGAAUAGGAUGUCGAUUAAACGAAGCUGCGGCCCCGCAAUUUAAUCAUUAGUCGUCUACGAGCCGAAAAUUUCAUUGCCCUUGGACCGCACCAUUCUCGCAAAUAAUAACGACGCUGGAAAUCGUGACACAGUUAGCAAGAGCUGUCCGGUGUCUCGGAAACCGGAGCAACGAGAUUGAGCGAGAGAAUCGGGAGCAAGCUUAGUUAAAAAAUUCUCACGUGGAAUAAUUAAAGAAGAUCAAUCGCAGAAUGCGGUACUGCCAGUCAAAAACGCGGAUCUCGGCGAAGGAAUGAGCAACCCUCGGAGUCAAUUGAGUACUGCGUGCGAGGAUCGGACCAAGGUGAUUCUAUCCACCCGCGAGUCUUCUUCCUCCUGUCACGAGUCUAGGACCAUCGACACGUCCGACGCCGCGUCUUCGUCAGGACGGAGGUGCUCGUGUCCGGCGCGGCCGCUGACGGCGAAUCGUCGCGCGCCUUUUCGCAGACGAGUGUCCUUCAGCGACGCCGCCGAUGAUGAUCACUGUCGUCGUGCGACGACGAUCGUGCAAGAUGACGAAUUAACAAGCUCGUGUCGCGACAACGAUCCUGGAGAAUCUCAGGAUAAUGGAGAACGGGAAACAUUCUACGACAUGUGGCAAGCGGACGAUUCGUCGGCUGGCAGAAGCGAUGAUGGAUACUCGGAGAGUACGCCGAGGUUCGAUAGUUACACGGAAAAUCAUUGCGUAUCGGGUUACAUCUCCAACAAGAACAGCAGCAAAGGCCAACGGUCGCAUUCGGAAAGUAUCGAUGCGCGAACGGUUGAGAAUGAUGGACGCGCACGAGGGGGAUGGGCAGGCAAUAAGGGUGACGUUCGUUCGGCGGAGCGCCUUGCUGAAACUAGAGCAAGAAAAGUCGAUGAAAAUGGUACCAUGUCGAAUGAGGACCUAUCGAAUCUCAUCCAUAAAGAUGUAGACUCGAUCGGCUGUAACGAUGAGUAUCGCAUGCGGGGAGGCUGCGGCGGACGUUGCUGUAGAGCACCGCGCGAAAGCAUCCGAAGAAGAAGUUCGCGGGAUCAGGGUUGCUGUUGCAGAGGUCUCACGCCGGACCCGAAUGAAUCAUUCGGCGCGCCCGGUACGGACGCCAGGAUGACUUGCUCCUCGUGCACGGCAUGCACCGUGCGUUGCUGCUGUCGUUGUCCCAGAGUCUGCAAGAAGGCGGUCAGGUGUUGCGAGGCGUCGUCGUGCGCGACGGGUGCCCGAAGUUGCGGCGGUGGUGGGUAUUGCGGCGGCGGGCGUUGUGGCGGUUGCGGGAAACCCGGUCAGAUCUGUACGCCAUCGUCGAGAAGCUGCAGCUCACCGGCCCAUUCGUCGGGCGGGAGGUCUCCUUGCGUAUCGCGACCUCGUUGUCCCCCUCGGUCACCUUGUCCCACCGGCGGUUGCAGGGGCUGUUGCAGCAGAACCUACGACUGUGGAAGAUCACGCAGUCCGGGUUGCCAGUCCAUCGGUAACGGAUGCUGCAUCAACGAAAGGACAAAAUGCGGUACCGAUGCAGGUUGCCGGUUGAAAUUGCCAUGCGAAUGCCUUGGUGGUGGUCUUGACUGUCGGCGAUGUGGAAGAAAGGUCUACCAAGCUGAAAUGCAGAUCGUCUCCGGAGUACCGUAUCAUAGCACUUGCUUUAGCUGCUUUUGUUGCCGAAAGCCGCUCGAACCGCUGACUUAUCAGGAAAACUGCGGUGAGAUUUACUGCAAACAAUGUUACGUUCGUAAUUUCGGGCCGCAAGGAUACGGUUAUGGCGUGGGGGCCGGGGUACUGCAGACCCCCCUGUGA